GUGGUGCCCCCCAUCCUGGCACCAGCAUCAUGUGCUACCCAGCCAUGUAGCAAGCAUCUCCCAUGGGUGCCCUGGAAACAGGUUCAGCCUGGGAGGAUGCAAGCUGGGGAGCUCCAGUGAGGACCAGAAAUGUCUGCAUGUUUUAAGGCACUUUACUGAUCUCAGGGUGUCAGAGAGAAAGAUUUUCUAUCCUGUCAUUUGUGUCCAGCUCAUGGCUUUUCUAAGAGGGUUAAUGCAACUUUCCUCUGGCAGACAGAGGUGUUUUCUGGCAUACUUAUCCCUGCUGGGAGCUUGCACAUAAACAUGUGUGAGGUACCUGUGCAGGGCUUUAGGGCCAUGGUCCCUACCCCACCAUGGGACAGCUUCCUGGGGUGGGACAGCUUUCCUGCAAGAACUGGGAUGUUUUUGGUGCUGAUCUUAUUUCAUGGCUUAUGUCAGAGCUGAAGCAGUUUUCAUGUUCCUAUAAGGGCUACAAACCCAGCUGAAGUGCAUCAAACAACUCAAGAGGCAACACAGAUAAUAACAGAGUUUCUGUUUAGUAAAUUACAUUCUUGUGACCUUGACCUAUUUUCAGAGUGUUUUAGAGAAAGUGUGACUUAAGCACCUCUGAUAAAUGGCUGAGAUGCUGCUUGUUUUAAUCCCAUGUAACUAUCCAGCCUGGCUCAGGCACGUGCACAAAUAUAGCAUCUCCUCCACAGAGCUAUUGCUUCUGUGGCCAUGGGAUAACCUCAGCAUCUUCAGCCCAGGAAACAAUGAUCUACUGUGACUCCAGAUGGAAAAAAAAACCAUGAAAGGAACAUGCUUAAUGACUGUGGAAACUUUCAAUAACAACCAAAUGAGGCUGCAUGUUGGAGAAAGCAGCUAAUCUGUAAGGAUGUCUUCCUUGGCCAAUAAAGCUGAACAGGAGAUUGGACUAGAAGCCUCAAGAGAUCCCUUCCAACUCAAUUUUUCUUAUGAUCUCAUGUAUUUUCUAGCCCUGCUGUAGCAGCAGCCUGAGCCAUGACAGGUGAUGGAUAUUGAUGAUUAGGGCUAUUUAUGACUAGGAUAUGACUUGACCCUUAUGCCAGGUGUAAAGAAUUGGGAAGGGGAAACUGAGGUUUACCCAAUGGUUUUAGGGCAGCAGGGUCUGUAGCAUGCCCAGGCUUCUCCACAUCCUGCUGCAGGGUUACAUACCCAGUCACAUGCAGUUCAAGGAUAGAUAAAGUAGUCCACUUAUGGAGGGAACAUGCUGUCUUGUCCAUGCAACUAAAGCAGCUCCUGCUGGACACUGCCAGGGUCACAUUACUGGGUGGAGUUCAGCUUGCUUAGGUUAUGGGGCACUUCUUAUGUUCCCAGCUCUUCACAGAACUUUGGAAGCUGUUGUCUACCCAUCCAGCAUGUGGACCAUUACCCCUGCUUCUCUGUGGGUCUCUCAGCCAGGGGGCUGCCAACAGCUGGGAACUGUGGCAGCCUGCUGGGCUGCUGCUUCCUUUCUGCUGAUUGCCAUUGUGGUGGUCACCAUGCCAGGAUACCCUUCUUUUUUGAAUUGCCUUGUUGAAGCCACCUGAUUCAUGAAGAGACUGUGGUCUAAGCACAGCAGUGGGUUACCCGCUGGACACAGUGAAGGUCAGAAUUCAGACUGAGAGGCGUUACAAUGGAAUUUGGCACUGUGUUCAGGAAACAUACAGGACAGAAAAAGUUUGGGGAUUUUACAAAGGUUCUGUUUAUGGCUCCUAGUGAAGUGGCCAAAGUUCGCAUGCAGACUCAGAGGAACCCACAUCCUUCCAUCACAUCUCCCCAACCUGUUUCCAAACCAAAGUACCAAGGGUCUCUGCACUGUCUGAAGGUGAUUGCCAAGCAGGAAGGUUUUGGGGGUCUGUACAAGGGCUGUUCUGCAUUACUCUGCAGGGAUUGCUUUUCUUCUGCAAUAUAUUUCCUCACCUAUUCUGCUCUAUGUGACUGGCUCACACCAGCUGGGAAAAAUAAACCAGAUUUCCUCGUUGUGCUGCUUUCUGGUGGUUUUGCUGGAGUCCUGGCCUGGGGAUUUGCUACUCCCAUGGAUGUCAUCAAAUCACGGAUGCAAACAGAUGAAUCGGACCAGCACAAGUACAAAGGCCUUGUCCACUGCAUUAGGGAAAGUGUGAGAAAGGAGGGUGCAAAAGUACUCUUCAAAGGACUGGGUUUAAACUGCAUUCGUGCCUUUCCUGUGAACAUGGUGGUGUUUGUAACGUAUGAAGCUGUACUGAGAUGUACAGAUUAUUAUUUAAACAAAAAAUAGCUUGUUACACUCU